AUGGCGACCGCCUCACCGCCGCCCAAUCCAGACGUGCCGCCCGAUCCCAAAACUUACUAUGGCUACCUCUUCCAGCCCGACAAGGCACCGACGCCGUUGUUCAACACGUUCUUGCGUGCAAUGGCCCAGCAUAUUAUCGACAACAUUGGCGACAAAACAGACAAGACGUUGUCGCCGCCCAAGCUAGCUGCCUUUUACAAAGCCGUUGGCCACAACUACGAUUCUCUGUUUGUCGACUCACCGCACCAGUCCAUUUCCUUUAUCUGGCAGAUCACUGGCUGCCAGCAUUCUCUCCAGCCAACUGCCGACGACUUCGCCCCGCCUUCGAUCCCUGCCCUCACUCCCAAAGGAUUCGUUCGCUGGCAGUCUGUUGAGACGCUGCUUGGACCUGACGUCCAUGUGCCAUUGUUGCAGCGUGUCGCGAAAGAAUGGGGUCUCGUGAACCCGGACACCGGGAAGCCGUUCCCCGCCGACCUCCCAAAGGAGGCCUUGCCCUCCUUGCCUGAUGCGGAGGUCGAGAAAUGGCACGACCAGUGCGCAAACAAGCUGCAGCGUGAAGCUACCAUGGCCGACAAGGACGACCCGCCGUCACCCAAGACCACGACGAAACCGAUCUUUACCGAGGGCACGUAUUACUACUCGCGUUCUCGAGCAGGCCCCCCGCCGAGCUCUCCCCCGCCGAAAGCACGGGGCGUCAGCCCACAUGGCAGCCCCGAAAGUCCAGGAGACUUAAAUGCGCGAGCGUUUUCGUUCAACCACGCUCCACCUCGCUAUGUGCCGUCAGGCAUGUCAGCGGCUGCCACAGGGGCGGCCGCAUCAUUUGCCACGGCUGCUGCCGCUGCAAAAUGGACUCGGCAUGUCCGACUUUCCCCACCAGAAGAUGACCGGCGCAACACACGCCGACGGAGCUUCUCAGACUACCCGCCAGCUGCUGGGCCUGGCGGAGCCAAGAUGCGGACACAUUCACCUCCGAUCCACUCUAAAAGUCAGAUGAAUAUGGGUGGCACUUAUGUACACCGGCCACGGCGCCACAGCCAACCGCACCACCACCACUCUUCAUCGAGUGACUCAAGCGACGACGGCGAUGAUGAGUUACCAUCCAUAAGAGCUAGAAACGCCCGCCGGUCUCGCCGGCCCGACGAUCCGCCUGUUAUCUCUGUGCGCCGGAUGUACGCUCCACAGGGCCCAACAGUCCUCCCCGACACCUUCCCGCCGGGGCCCAUGCCAUCGGGCAAGAGGGAGAGCUCGUCCAGUGGCGCCGACCGAAGACGGACGGAAGAGCGUAUUCCAAUGCCACCUCAGGGCCGUUCACCACAUCGGUCUCCCCAUCGCAACGAUGAAUCUCGGCCAAGGCUUUUUGGUGCCGCAAGCGACAUACGUGAUAAGCUCUCGACCGUACUACCAAACGGCAUUCUCGGCGCAGUCUCGAAACCAGAGCGGCCGCGCAGUGCAUCACGGUCACAACCCCGCAACGUCGGUCUGGGCGCCGUUCCACUUCGGUAUUCAAAAGAGAGCUUGCAAGGUUCACGCCUUGCAGGCCGGAGUUGGUCGUACGACUCGGAUGAAGGUGAUGGUGCAUCGGUUGGAGGCGAUCGACGGCCGCCAAGAGACAAGGACAGGGAUCCGCGCGACCGUGACCGCGAUCACGAGCACGACCGUGAUCGGGCGCUGCGACGGGAUCAAGACGACGACAGAGACUUUAUGGGCCGCCGCGACCGUGAACGGGAGCGCAACCGUGGCGACCACGUUGAGCGCCGCCAUCGGUCACAUGAGAAAGACCGUGAUCGGGACCGUGAUCGAGAGCGGGAGCGGGAUCGAGAUCGAGAUCGUGACCGUGAUGUGCGAGACCGUGGCCGAGACCGCGACAUGAACCACCGUGAGCGUGACCGAGACCGCGGAGACCGUGACCGGGAUGCAGUGUACAUACUUGACCGCGGAUCGCGUGAUACACUACGGGAGAAGAAAAAAGCGAAAAGCCAGGACCGAAGCCGGGACAGAGAGCCGCGGGACCGUGAUCUUGACCGGGCCGACCGCGACGACGACCGAGACCGCGACUACCGGAGCAGCCGGCGUGACCGCGACAGGGACCGGGACCGGGACCGAGACAGAGAGCGUGAUCGACACCCGUUGCGGUCGGAGCCUCUCAAGCGGCCUAUCAGCGCCGUAGAUAUGGACCGGGAGCGGUAA